AUGUCAGCAUCAAGUGCGACUACUAACGUCUACGGCGGAGACGAAAUCAAUGCUAUCGUAUUAGACGCCGGUUCAUACAACACCCGAAUCGGAUAUGCAGGAGAUGAUUUCCCCAAAAUAACAACACCAUCAUAUUAUGCCCAAGUUGGAAACAAUAAACGUAUCUUUGGAGAUGAUAUCAAUGUCCCUCGAGAGAAUUGUGAAAUCAAACCCAUCCUUAAAGAUUCAUUAAUUAUUGAUUGGGAUGCUGCUAUUGAUCAAUAUACUCAUUAUUUCCAACAAUUAAAAAUCGAAUAUCGAGAACAACCAAUCAUAAUCACCGAACCUAUUUGGAGUGAAUUUGGAUAUAGGAAACAAUUAAUUGAAACGAUGUUUGAGAAUUUUGAAUUUGCCGGGAUUUUUUUAGCGAAAUCGCCAACUUGUGUUUCAUUCCAACAGGGGAGACCUAAUUGUCUUGUUAUUGAUAUUGGUCAUGAUAGUAUUAGUGUUACGCCUGUGAUUGAUGGGAUUUGUCUUUUGAAGAAUUCAAUGAGGACUAAUUAUAGUGGGAAGUUUUUAGAUGAUCAAAUUGAAGAUUUUGUUAAUGCAAAGGAGAUUAUUGUGGAACCUACUUUUAAAAUAAAAUCAAAAGUGCCUACAGUAUAUCCUAAUCCGGCUAAUUAUAAACUUAGAGAUAUAAAUUUGAAAUUAACUGAUUCAUAUAUGAAUUAUCAAAAGAUGAGAAUAUGGCAUGAAUUUAAAGAAACUGUUUUAGAAGUCCCUGAAAGGAAACUAUCUCAAGCCCAGCAAAAAGAUCAAACUUCAACAGGUCCAUCUAUAACUGAAUUCUAUUCUCAAGAUAGUCAUAAGCGAUUAUUUGAAUUCCCAACAGGACAAUCCAUAACCCUAGGAAUUGAAAGAUUUCAAUUUGCAGAAUCAAUCUUUGAUCCAACAAUUUAUAAAUUCAAUAAUAAAUCAAAAGCAUAUCCUCCAAAUAAUGGUGAAAUAGAAAUAAAAACAAGUUAUGGAGAAUAUAGACCUCUCAAGAGAAUACGUAAGGCAGAAUCAACUCAAUCUACUCCUGCACCUGAUGGAACUGAACAACAACAACCCGUAAUAAAAGAUCAAGUUAGGGGAUUAUCACAAUUGAUUACACAUACUUUAUCAACUAUAGAUAUUGAUUUACGAGCAUCUGUUGCCCAUAAUAUAAUUGUGACUGGUGGUGUGUCUAUUAUACCACAAUUGACUGAACGAUUAUAUAAUGAAUUAUCUAAUAAUAACCCAGGUUUGAAGAUUAGAUUACAUGCUGUUGGGAAUACCAGUGAAAGAAUUAAUCAAGGAUGGAUUGGUGCUAGUGUAUUGGCUUCAUUGGGGACAUUCCAUCAAAUGUGGGUGACUAAGGAAGAAUAUGAAGAAGCUGGAGUUGAAAGAAUCUUAAAUCAAAGAUUUAGAUAG